AUGGACUCCGGCGCCAACAGCGUCGGCUCCGUCGGCGAGUCGCCGCCGCCGCUCUCCCCUCCUGGUCGCCCGGCCGCCAAGGGCCGCGGCCUCCGCCGGUGGCGCCGUAUCCCCCGCGAGCACCACGAGGACGAUGGCGGCUCCCCCGCGGGCCCCGUGGCCCCCGCAGCCGCCGCCGGCACCGGCGCUGCUAGCGCUGAGGUGGACCUGGCGCAGCUCCAUAAGCGCCGUCUCCCCGUCGGCGCCGACGCGCCUAAGGGGAAGCAGGACGCGGCGGCCGAGGAUGACAGCCCGGUCGCGUCGGUCGAGUCCAGCUUCGUGCCGCCGGAGGCGCCUCCGUCGCCGUCCCCGGCUCCGGCUCUGACUAGUCUGGACCCGGAUCUUGGCCUCCUGAUCGCGUCCGCCGGCUUCUCGGUGGGCGCCGGCGGCGCCGACUCCGACAACAGCGACGACCGGACCAGCAAGUCCACCGCGCUCCCGCGCCACGACUUCUCGCUCGCCGGCUUCGGCCGCGACCGCGACAGGGCGCGAUCCCGCGCGCCUGGCGCCGCUGCUCACGCCAAGAACAUCCGUACCGCACGCGCCCGUGGCGCCGGUGCGCGCGCCGUCUCUGCGGCCUCCUCCACGGUGGAGCCGGAGAACUCGCGCUCCAGUGUCGAGUCUGACCUCCGCAGCACUGGCGCUGCUCACGCCCGAAAAUCAAGCGCUGGCAUCAGCAGUAAUGGCGUUCACAAGUUUCUCUACGCUGAUGGCGAUCACAGCGAUGAUGAAGCUCCAAGUGAGCACUUGCGAUCCGCAGCUGGAGGUUUCUAUAAGGAGAAUGGAAGUGCAGUAGGGAGAAUGGCAAUGGGGAAUGGUGAUUUGUAUGCCCAUGGUCAUGGAUUUCAUGAAGGGAGCAUCGGCAAGGGUGAGAAUGGAGGGAUCCAUUCAGGUCUUGAUCCGUACGCCGACUCAAUUUCGAUGCUUCAGUCAGCACAAGAAGCACUCGAGAAUGAGCUCCAAAUGUUUGUGGAAAUCGGGAAAGAAAGCAGUGACAAUUCCACAGACAAUUACGAUGAAAAUGAAUGGAGCAGUUCACCCAAUUGCGAAGAUUUUUCAGAAGAAAUAAGUGAGAAGUUGAAGCUUCUAGAGUCCAAGCUGGAAGAAGCUUCCCUUCUCAUCGAUGAGAAGGAUUCAAGAAUACUUGAACUUGAUACACUCAACAAGACACAACCAGGGGAAACCGCGCUAUACAAUAGCAAGCUACUUUCCCUACAGUCUGAAGUUGAUCAACUGCUCAUGGAGAAGAUGGAGGCCGAGAUCCAGUGCUUCAUCCUGAAAAGAGCUUCAGAAGCUUGGCAACCGCAGACCGAGGGUCAGGGCACUUUUCACGAAGCGCAGAAGACUCUGUCUGAGGAUCACAAACAGCUGGAGGUCAAGCUUCGGCACACCGAGAAUAGAGCGAGGACACUAGAGGAUUUGGUGGAGAAGCUAGAGUCGCAAUGCAAAGAGCUGUCGAACGCUUCAGAGGUCCUGAAGCUGCAGGCCGGAGCGAGUCGAGCUUCACUUUUUUGUUCCGUUCAGUUAGUGCUGCUGUGCAUCGCAGUGUGGACAUUCGUCGCCCGGUUCUUGCCCUCUCCCCCCGAAUUUGUACCUACUUGA